AUGGUCAAAGAAGGUGAACGCAAGACUAAGCAGUCGACAUACCACUUCACCAUAAUAGACACCAAACCUCAAGUGAUUGCCCGUGCGAUGCUAGUCUUUCUACUUCUUGAGGAGUUGACAGACAAGAGAUCACUGAAUCAAGAAAAGGCCGAAGAGAUUCUCGCGACGUUGUUCUACACCUUUAUGAACCACAUCAUGCCUCCGCAGGCGUACAAAAAACUCCAGAUGACAAUAACAAAAGCCAUCAGACUUCUCGCACAGCCAACGACAACUCUCAGUUGGUUUGAUGUGCUCCAGAAGGAUCGUGGAGCUGUCAUAAAAGCUCUGACACUUUGGCAACACAAGACAUCUCAGAUGUUCUCGACUAAUACAUUCCGCUUGAAGAUCGCAAUCGACACCGCCAAUCAAUCUAUGAGUCCAUGGACACCGGAGCCUGGCGAUAUGCCGCCUCCGGCAAAGGGACUCGCGAAGGAUAAGAUCCUCUACGAUCGAGCUGGUAUCACACUUCCACCGCCAUCGUUCUCAAACCAAGAUCCCAUCAAGGCGAGAGAACUGGUAGCAGACAAGUCGUUCCCAAAGAACAUCACUGCCAGCUGGUUGUCCAAACUGGAUAGCACCUGGAUGCCCAAUGUCACGCCCAUCGAUGUGGAUCAGGUUAAUCAACAAGCCAAAGCAGGCAUUCCCACUGAGUUGAUGGAUAUAGACUUGGCAACCGACCUCUUUGCUCAAUGGGCGGACUAUAUCCAAACACCACACCCACGGAAUUCAAAGUGUCUAUAUGAUUACGCCGAAGGUUACUUCUUGGUCUUAGCAAGUGCACUGACUCAUCUCAGAGGCCGCCCGAGAGUCGAGCCCAUCCUUGGAGAGAUGUGUGAAACUUUCGAAAAGAUGAGAUUGGUGCCGGGCCAAACAGGGGAUAGUCCGGGCAAACCAGCCGAAGACUACCCUACUGUCUACAACAGAGUUCACUUGAGCAAUGUUACAGACUAUACCGGUUGUAGUCUCAGUGCCCUUUUGUUCGCUGCACCAAUUACUCGCACGAGCAUCGAUGGUCACGAUACUUUUGCAUUCAAAUGUCUACGGAAUCCACCCGCUUUUGACAAGGUGGACGACUACAACAGUGAGUACAAUCUGCUGCCCGACGACUCUUCAACUCAGAAAGUGUUCCCAUGCAAGUUCCAGAGGAAGGCCAGACUGCCGGUCUAUCCUCCGGGUAUGGCCAUGAUAGCCGAGGAUUACAUGCAUUGGUCGAACUUGGGAACGAAGAUCGAGUUUGACAAACUGAUGGACCGACCGAGUCUGACUACUUGGAUACACGCACUUCUACUCAAGGCCGCAAUACCCGCAGAAAGAAUGGUUCCCGACACUCUUCUGGUCAUGUCACCAUUCAAUCUGACAGUAAUGUUCCGAGUCCUGCUUCAUCUCAAAGGGGUAGGAUAUCCCAUUCAUUGGCUUUCCGAGAUCUUGACAAAUAUUAUCACCAGCCCACUCGAAACUCGUGCAACUCAUGUAAGCUCCGUACCAGUCACAGUUGCGGACGCGAAACGAAUGUUGGACAAGUCUCGCCCGUUGCAGAAGAUCUCACUCAAACCAUUCAUGGCCGACCUGACGACCUUGACGUCAAUCUGGCAACCCGCGCUAGGCUUUGGCCUCUUCAAAGGCCACGAGCUCCUGCCAAAGCCAAAGGACAUCAAGAAAUACUCAAUCGACUUCGAGUACGUCAGGUUCGAGAACGCCUUCGAAAAAACAUUCGUGCUUGUCUUUAUGGACGCAAAUCUUCUUGGUCACCGGGAUGUUCGCGACAGUAUCCCAUUGCUGGUAGAGCUGCGGGAAAGAGGGUUGCAUGUAGUCACCACAUGGGAUUUCGACACUGAAGCGAAGCAAGCAACUUUCUGGAUGCGUCAUGCUGGAUGGUAUGUUGGCAUCUGGCGUACUGAUAGUUGGAAUGUUGCAGCACAUCCAGUGCCGCUUGUCGUCAAGGAUCUGGGCUCUUCUUGGUGUGCUUGA